AUGGACGAUUUGGGUGAUGGGCUUCCCUCACAAGAUGAGUUACGCACUGCUGUCUCUUUAUCUAGAGCCAUGGAAGCAAAUGUCUGCCAUCAAAGCAGCAGCCAUCCCGAAAACACCCAUGACGCGGAGCUCCAUUCCCCCGCCGAAUCGUAUAAAGCUCCAAAUAUCUCUGGAGAUUUCUUUCCCACAGAGGAGAAGCUGCGGUCUGCCCUUGCCGAUGCUCAGUUACAGCAAGGCGUUUUACAGACAGAGUCAAGCAUUGCUAGGAGUUUUGGAGAACAGCUUCUAAGUGAUGCACUGGCUACCAAGGUUGCAGAUUUGCUGAGCAAGCCUCGACCUCAAAUCCUUGAAGCUGACGCUUACCUUGGUGAAGCCAAUGAAGAGAAUGAUAUUCAUUGGCUUGAUCUCAUUCAAGAGUCACAGUUCGAGCCUCGGUGUCAAGAUAACGGAAACUAUCAAUGUCGUAUCCAAAAGCGCAAUGCUUUAGUUCGGAUAUCCGCCUGGGAUCACGACCUGAUUUUUACGUGUCGGCAACUUGUUUACACUCAAACCUACUUAAGUGACAUGUUGGUUGAACGAGACACUUUGGAAUUCAUGGCGAGGGGUCUGUCGUCGUGCAACCAAAUUGCUUCCGAUUUUAUCAAGACCAACCAGGUGACACUCGCACAAAUCACUAGCAGAUUGCAGCCCCUUCAGGAAAAAUUGAAACGAUUGACUAGCACACUCCAGCCGCCUCUUUCUGGGCUCCACUGCGAUAGUGCGAGUGAAGAAAAUUCAGCACCCAAGCACGACGAGCGAGCCAGUAAUCAUUUUGAAGAAAGCAGGACUACAGCAAAAGAAGAAGGUUGGACGCAACACUCCACUCCAGUAUAA